AAAUUCUCGCGCAAAUGGUUUAUUCUAAGCUACUAAUUCGUCUUCAUAAUUCCACAUCUCAUAUAUAUUACAAGAUCUGGAGAAACAUCAUUUCAUCAUUUUCGUCACAUACUGUUGAGCUAUUUCUUACUGCUUUUCUUCUUAAUUCUCAAAGUCAAGAUCUUUCAAAGAUUACAAAUCCUGUAUCUAUUGCAGAUAAAUCGCGUUAUCUAAUACGCAAAGUCGCUACUUUGCUCAGUUUAUUAAUUGAAAGGGAUAAAAGCGAAAAUAUAUCAUAUUUAAUUAAAUUUAAAUAUUUUAUUGGAGGAAAAUUAUUUCAUAUUAGCAUUGUAAGAGUUCUUUGUUGUUUCUUGAGUUGGGGUGAACUUCAAGAUCAAUUCGAUGAUAUGUUACGAAAGAUUAUUUGUCAAACAGACAACCUUAAAUUAAAUGUUAAUGAUGAUCUUACACAAUUACUUAAGACACUCAUAUCAUCUUGGUCCGAUCCCACGUUUAUUAAGCACGCGUCGAAUUCCACGCAAAUAUACAUUACAAGCGUCAUUCUGAUAAUCUUUGGAUAUCUUCCAAAAUAUACUUUGAUAAAAGCCGCUAUUUCAAGGGAAAUCACACCUGGAAUCACUCAAUGGUUACAGAGUACAUCUGAGGAAUCGAGGAAGCUAGGAAUGGUUACUGCAGAAAUGUUAUCAAAAUUAAUUGAUGUAUCAGAAAAUGUUUUAGACUUUGAAUUAAAUCCUGAAGAUAAAGACGUGAAAUAUUUAAGACAAUUGGUUGAACUUAAGGAUGGAAUUGUAAACCUGCCCGAUAUCGACUACGAAGAAAAUGUUGAAGAAAAAUUCUCUUAUCAAGAGAAUGAAAAUACAAUCAAUAAUGAACUCGAAUCGGCUACACAUCAAAAUGAAGUCAAGAGCGGGGUCUCCGUCAAGAUUGAGAAUAUUAACGAAAGUGUAGUUGAUUCUGAUGAUGAAGACGACUUUGUUCCCUAUCCGAUGAAAGAGGAAAGUGAUGAUGAUGAUGAUGACAAUGUUGAAUCAAUGCCACAAACAAAGAAGAAAAAGAUACUCUCACCAGUUUAUAUUAUAGAUCUAUUAUUUUAUCUAAAAGCUUCAGAUGACCCGGAUAAAUUAGAGGUAGCAUUAAAGGCUGCCGAAAAUUUGAUUAGGGAAAAAUCAGAAUUUGGAAUGGAGUUAGAUGAUCAUGCCGUAGAAUUAGCCAGGAUCCUCAUUGGAUUGCAAAAUAACUUUGAUUUGAAUAGAUUUGAAGAGAACAGACACGCAGCGAUGGUCGCACUUAUAUGCGGAAGUCCAAAAAUUGCUGUACCCUAUAUUAUUCAACAAUUUUUCGAAAAGAAAUAUUCUCUUGCCGAAAAGUAUAUGAUUUUGUCAGUAUUAUCAACAGGAGCGAGAGAAUUAGCUGGACUACAAGUAAAAAAGAACAUUGAAGAUAAGAAAGAAUUGGAUACUUUGUCUCAAGAAAUUAGUAAACUUAAUCUUAUUCCUCUAAAAACUUUAAAAAAUGAUAAAGUUCGCAGGUUUUCCAGUAAACCUUUGGUCGAAUCAAUGCGUACAACUUCUGUUAAUAGGUUUAAUGAAUUGGCGGCAAAAACUUUCUUUUUCCCACUGACGACUGGAUUUUGGAAUCUUGCACGUGAUAGGAGUCGUGGUAAUUUUAUGAAUGAUCCUACUUUAGUUCAAAGAUAUGUCACUACGUUAGGUAUGAUUGUUCAAUGUUCAAUAAACACUAUUUCUCUUUCACAAAUAACGCGUGAAUUUUGGGAUUUGAUAUUUUCUUUGAGAUUUUUUGAUGAUCCAGCUGUAUUGUCUUCAUUAUUGUUUGGAAUAAGUGCGAUACUUAACGUAUUAUCAGAAAGAGAAUUAGCGGAAUCAUUCGGUAAAGAAUUGGUUGAAUCACAACAAUGGGUUACAACUAUAUUUGAAAGUAAAAUAAACGAACAAGUACAAUCAAUGGCUGCGUGGGUUUUAGUUAAAAUCAAAGAAAUUAUUAAAGAAUAUCAAGUAUUAUUAAUGGGAAACUUAUUACCAAUUACAUAAUUAAUAAUUUAAAAUUUUCGAAUUAUUACAAGUACAAAUAAAUAGCAUAAUAUUUAUUCAUAAUUUCCAAAAAUAUACUUUUUU